AUGCCGGAUGCUGCAAGCGUUGCAGAUGAUUCCCGACAGAUUCUGAUCGACCAGGUCAAAAGUCAUCAGAAAGCUUCCGCAGCUUUCCAAAAAGCCUGGCAUGCAUAUUGCGACGAGCAUGGUGACGGCAUAUAUGACCCGGCAAGGCACAAGAUCCAGUUGCUGGAGGAGUUCCUGAAGACGGCCGCAUCGAAGGUUGCAGGCUCCAAACGGAAGAGAAAGGAGGCGACCGGCUCCGGCUCGGAGUCGAGUCGCAGCAGAACACGAAGAAGACGAAGACAUGGAAAGGGCAGGCGGCGAGCGCAUGGAAGAAGGCACAGGCGAGACCGGCGCCGCAGAGAUCACCGAGGACGAAGGCGUCGGAAAGGCCGCAGGAAGAGAUCGCGCUCGCGAAGCAGUUCAGGAAGCUCUGAGAGGUCAGGUCUUCCAUCACGCGCCACGGCCAUCAAGGGUGCGGAGCGAGCCGUCGCGGCAGCCGCUGAAGAACUGAGCAGGUUAAAAGCGGAUCCUGAUGCUGGUGUCGACAACCCAGCAAUCGACGAAAAACAAAAGGAGGAGAUGGACAAUGGCCUGCGAACUCUGCAGAGAGAAGCGGACGCAGAGCUGCAGGCGCAGCUCGAAGAGGUCAAGGAGAAACUCGCUCGGGAGAAAGUCUCCCGCCUAGUAGAAGCAGAAGAGAAGUUGGACCAGGCCAUUUCGGAGAGGCUCAAAGAAGCCGAAGACAAGCUUCGACAGGAGGCUCAGGGAAGAAUCGACGAAGCACGAAAUCUGGCUCAGGCGAAGGUCGAAGCCAUCAUGGCAGAUGCGCGGCCAAAGAUUGAAUCCUCCUGGCUGGAUCAGCUCAACGACUUGGAGUCGAAGGCAAGGGCGGCCCGUGCGGCCGCCGAUGCUUUGACAAAGUCCUAG